AUGUCACUGUGUACAAGUGACAAGAUCUCCACUGACUUCACCUCCACAUUCUCAGUCUAUUCUCCUCUCUUCUCCUCUCUUCUCUACUCUCCUCUAAUCUCCUCUCGCCUCUCUACUCUCCUCUCUUCUCUCCUCUCCUCUACUUUGCUCUCUUCUCUGCUUUCCUCUAUCCUCUCUCCUAUACUCUCCUCUCUCCUCUACUCUCCUCUCUCCUCUACUCUCCUCUCUCCUCUACUCUCCUCUCGCCUCCUCUCACCAGUACACUCCUCUACUCUCCUCUCUCCUCCACCACUCUCUUCAACUCUCCUCAUCUCACUACUCUCCUCCUCUACUCUCCUCCUCUCCUCAUCUCUCUCCUCCUCUCUCCUCUCCUAUCCUCUCCUCUCCUCCUCUCUCUCUCCCUCUUCCUCUACUCUAGUCUCCUCUACUCUCCUCUCUCCUCCUGUCCUUUCCUCCACUCUACUCUCCUCUCCUCUCUCCUCUCCUCUACUUUGCUCUCUUAUCUGCUUUCCUCUAUCCUCUCUCCUAUACUCUCCUCUCUCCUCUACUCUCCUCUCUCCUCUACUCUCCUCUCUCCUCUACUCUCUACUCUCCUCUCUCCUCUACUCUCCUCUACUCUCCUCUCUCCUCUACUCUCCUCUACUCUCCUCUCUCCUCUACUCUCCUCUCUCCUCUACUCUCCUCUCUCCUCUACUCUCCUCUCUCCUCUACUCUCCUCUCCUCUCGCCUCCUCUCUCCAGUACACUCCUCUACUCUCCUCUCUCCUCCACCACUCUCUUCAACUCUCCUCAUCUCACUACUCUCCUACUCUCCUCUUCUCUCCUCUCCCCUCUAUUCUCCUCCUCUCCUCAUCUCUCUCCUCCUCUCUACUCUCCUAUCCUCUCCUCCUCUCUCUCUUCCUCUACUCUAGUCUCCUCUGCUCUCAUCUCUCCUCCUCUCUCCUCUACACUCCUCUCUCCUCUACUGUCCUCUCUCCUCCUGUCCUUUCCUCCACUAUCUCCUCUCCACCCCUCCUUUCUCAUUUCUCAUCCACUCUAUUCUCCCCUCACCUCUUCUCUCCUCUCUCCUCAUCUCUCUCCUCUCCUCUCUCCUCUACUCCCCUCUCUCCACUGUUCUCCUCUAUUCUCCUCUCUCCUCUACUCUCCACUCUUCUCUCAACAACUCUCCUCUCUCCUCUCUCCACUACUCUGUUCUCCUACUCCACUCUCCUCUCUCCUCUCCUCUUCACCUCUCUCCAGUACUCUCCUCUACUCUCCUCUCUCCUCAUUGUUCCUCAAAUCUCAUCUCUCUCAUCCUCUCCUCUCCUCUCCCCUCUAUUCUCUACUCUCCUCUCUACUCUCCUCUCCCCUCUAUUCUCCUCUCUCCUCUACUCUCCGCUCCUCUCCUCUCUCCUCUUACCUCCACUACUCUGUUCUCCUACUCCACUCUCCUCUCCUCUACUUUCCUCUCUCCUCUACUCUCCUAUCUCCUCUCCCCCCUCCCCUCUCCUUUCUCCUCCACUCUCCUCUCCUUUCUCCUCUCCCCUCUUCUCUCCUUUCUCCUCUACUCUCCUCUCCCUCAUCCUCUCUCCUCUCUCCUCUACCCUCUCUCCUCUCCUCUACUCUACCUCCUCAACUUUCCUGUACUCUCCUGUACUCUCCUCAUCUCUCUCCUCUCCUCAUCUCUCUCCUCUCUCCUCAUCUCUCUCCUCCUCUCCUCUUCUCUCCGCUUCUCUCCUCUCCCCUCUCCUCUCCUCUCCUCUCCUCUCUCCUCUCCUCUCCUCUCUCCUCUGCUCUCCUCUCUCCUCUGCUCUCCUCUCUCCUCUGCUCUCCUCUCUCCUCUGCUCUCCUCUCUCCUCUGCUCUCCUCUCUCCUCUGCUCUCCUCUCUCCUCUGCUCUCCUCUCUCCUCUGCUCUCCUCUCUCCUCUGCUCUCCUCUCUCCUCUGCUCUCCUCUCUCCUUCGCUCUCCUCUCUCCUUCGCUCUCAUCUCUCCUUCGCUCUCAUCUCUCCUCUCUCUUCUACCCUCCUCUCUCCUCUCCUCUCUCCUCUCUCCUCUACUCUCUCCUCUCUCCUCUACUCUCUCCUCUCUCCUCUACUCUCUCCUCCUCUCUCCUCUACUCUCUCCUCCUCUCUCCUCUACUCUCCUCUCCUCUACUCUCCUCUACUCUCCUCUCUCCUUUACUCUCCUCUCUCCAACUCUCUCCUCUCUCCAACUCUCUCCUCUACUAUCUUUUUUGCUCUACUCUCUCCUCUCUCCUCUACCCUCCUAUCUCUCCUUCGCUCUCAUCUCUCCUUCGCUCUCAUCUCUCCUUCGCUCUCAUCUCUCCUUCGCUCUCAUCUCUCCUUCGCUCUCAUCUCUCCUUCGCUCUCAUCUCUCCUUCGCUCUCAUCUCUCCUUCGCUCUCAUCUCUCCUUCGCUCUCAUCUCUCCUUCGCUCUCAUCUCUCCUUCGCUCUCAUCUCUCCUUCGCUCUCAUCUCUCCUUCGCUCUCAUCUCUCCUUCGCUCUCAUCUCUCCUUCGCUCUCAUCUCUCCUUCGCUCUCAUCUCUCCUUCGCUCUCAUCUCUCCUUCGCUCUCAUCUCUCCUUCGCUCUCAUCUCUCCUUCGCUCUCAUCUCUCCUCUACUCUCUCCUCUACUCUCCUCUCUCCUCUGCUCUCCUCUCUCCUCUGCUCUCCUCUCUCCUUCGCUCUCCUCUCUCCUUCGCUCUCCUCUCUCCUUCGCUCUCAUCUCUCCUCUC